CAGUGAAACUUCACCCUUUGCAACCCUUUACCAAUCUCUGCGAUCCAUAGAAAAUUAAGAAGCUGAUAUAGAGCUAGUUAUACAAGAAUUCAAGCCAUUCUUUUAGUUACACCCAUAAUAAAUCAAACAAAACCAUACUACAUUUGUUCUAUCACUCACUAGCUUCAUAAAUUUUUCAGAACAAAGCUCAUUUUCUCCAUGGGAUCUGUCUUCACUCUAUCACUCAUGCUUCUUACAUCCAUAUCAGUAGCAUUAUCAAACAAUGAAGCUCAGAAUAUCAAAUCAGCUCGCCUUCUUGAUCUUCUCAUCCGAGACUACACCUUCAAGACCUAUGAUACAUACUUCAAGACAGGAACACUGCACAAUGUUCACUUACCAGCAAACUUCUCUGGCAUCAGAGUCGAUACAGUGAGAUUCAGAUGUGGCAGUCUCAGAAGGUACGGCGCGCAGGUAAAGGAAUUUCAUCUAGGCACUGGUGUUUCUGUUAAUCCAUGUGCAGAGAGGGUGAUGGUAGUUACACAAAACUUGGGAUAUAAUUGGUCAUCUAUAUAUUAUGCCAACUAUAACUUGUCUGGGUACCAGCUUGUAUCCCCAAUUUUAGGCCUAUUAGUUUAUAAUGCUGGUACUGAUGUCAACUUUAGUAACCCUUUUGAGGUAGGAAUUCAAGCUCUAGAAAAUCCUAUCACAAUAGACUUCAAAAACAUCACGAGGGUGAACAAUGAAUUAGGUCUUACAAGGCCUUUAUGUGCUAGCUUUGAAGGUGAUGGCAAAGUGACACUAGCAAGGGAGGCUUCACCUUACAUCUGUGUUGCGAAAAGGCAUGGCCAUUUCGGCUUGGUGGUUGAGAAGCCAUCACCAGUUCAGCUGAGGAAGAAAGUUAGCCAGUGGAAAGUGGCAAUUGGUAUCACACUGGGUUGUGCAAUAGGUGUUUUUCUUUUGGGGUUUCUUCUGGUGGCAAUGCUUGUGAAGGUGAAGAAGAGAUCAAGGAUAGAGGAGAUGGAGAGAAGAGCUUAUGAAGAAGAGGCUUUACAGGUAUCAAUGGUUGGACAUGUUAGAGCUCCCACAGCUUCAGGAACACGAACGACGCCAACGAUUGAACAUGAGUACAAACCUCCUCAUCCUCAUUGAAAUACUGCAUUCAUUUUUGUUCAUACUUGAUUCUUUUUUGUAACACUAUUAGAUGAUUUGUAAAAUAUAUUUAUUUUUUGACGACAUUAAAUUUAGUUAAUUGAAAUUUUCGAAGGCCCCGUACGUGAUCCAAAGUAUGUGAGUUCUAUUUUAGACUU